AUUUACAUAAUCCAUUUUAAAAUGAACAUCUUUCAUCUUUAAAUAUAUCAGUCGAUUUGAUAAAAUAUAUAUUUUUACUAUUCGUACCUUCAUUUAUUUAUCUUUUAAAUCUUUACCCCCUUUUGAAAGUCAGCUAUUAUUGCUUCCCCUGUUGCCAACAUGCAUGGAUAGCUAGGAUUUCAAAUAAGCGAGGGUAAACAGUGAUUUUUAUACAACUGCGCGACAUUUUACUUGCUACAAUUACAAGCAUAGCUAGUUUGGGUAACAAUCUUAUUUUCUGAGGUUUGAGAAUAGUGCAAAGUUCGCUUUGGUAUCUUAAUGAACAAGUCCUAAUGUUAGCUAACGUUACUUACUGAUAGCAAACACACCAAACAAAACCCACUAACUAGCAAGCUAGGUGUUGUUGUUUUAGCUAAAUAUAGCUAGCGAAAUUUGACUUUGCUGCAGACUCGAAAUAUCCUCUCAAUGACCGACGACUGGAAAGGACUGUUUGAGAGAGGACGGGUGAUUCCUCCACACAGCCAGACUGUUCGACUGGCACAGGACUCAUCCCACACCCAUUCUCAAGGCUUCCAAAUCAUCCUGAAGCAUCUUGAUGGACCUCACAUUCAACAGGAGAAGAAGGAAGGGGAGUCAGAAGGGAAUCGAAAGAGGGAACCAGUCAAGUACCAGCUGAGUGUUUCCCUGUUUGAUACCAGCCACCAGCACUUCUUCGGGAGAACGUUGAAGAGCUUACCCCAACAGAUGAGUGGUGUCCACAGGGCAAUGUUUAAUGAGGUGGUGUACCUCCACACCUCUCUGCGUCUGCCAAGCGUGGUGGCCGUGGUGGAGCUGGUGGCGUUACAGCCCAGGGCAGACGGCUCCCAGCAUGCACUGGGGUGUGGCUUCGCCAUCCUGCACCUUUUCUCCAGCAUGACAGAACCUCAGGCCACCGAGGGGGACAGAAGGCUAAGUAUGUACCACGGAACACCAAGGACCCUACUCCAUCCACUAGUGAGGGACCCUAUAGAGCAAAACAAGCUGUUGAGGCCCAUCGAUGGUGCUCAUUUGGUGUGCAGCUUUAAGCCUCACCCUGCUCUAGCCCCUGCCAUGCACCUCUUCCCCCAGAACAUGCUGGUGUCUGGAGAUGAGAACAUCCCUGGGGUUACGCCCUCCCCUACAGGAGAUUCCCUGUUGAAGCCCCACAUGGUGAAGAGCCUCACCUGCUUCCUGGACAGGCUGUCCAUCUCUCUGCAUCCCUCCCUGGAGAAGUUUGAGAGCCAGCUGCUGCAGCAUGUCAGCACGGACUGCCACAACACGAAACACUCGGGUCCAGAGAGCUCACCGGUGGUGGUCAUCCAGGAGCGGAGGCUCCACGUGGGGGUCCACAACGGCUGGGGCUUCUUGGAGCGCCCCCAGGUGGUGGUGCUGGAGACAACCGAGGCCACCGAUUGGAGCAGGGGACGUACCAAAGGGGGCACGUCCCGACAGGGCACACUGACCAGAGACUGCUCCAGUCCUAGUCAGAGCCUGGCUCUACGUAGCAGUCUGGAGCUCAAGCUGCCCAGUCACCAGGCUGUGGGGAUCGCCCUCCAGCUUGAGUAUGUCUUCUCCUCGUCGCUCAUUGGUGACGGAAAGCUCUCCUCGACCUCCACAAUCUCCCGGACAGCCUUCAUGCAGUGCCUGCGCUGGGGGGUGUGGUGCCCCUUCCAGGAGUGGGGUGCCCUGAGGGCCGAAGAAGUGAAGCUUAGUCUGCAGGGCGGCUCUACGCCCAACCCCUAUGGAAUCAUGGCCUAUACCUCUUCCUCCAACAGCCAAAGUCCUGCCCAGGAGGUGGUCGAUGAGAGGGACAUGGUCAGGUUCCGUCUGUCUUCCAGCUCAGUGCAGAAGGCCUCGUCCAGCACAGCUGUGUCUCUGAGGAGGAGCAGGACAGGACAGCAGAGGAAACCUCCCUCACCCUCACCAGGUCAAAGUCGGCGUGCCUCUCAAGCAUCUCCUCCGGGAUCGCCACAAGGCCCAGGGCUCUCUAUGUCUCAGCUGGCAGCUACUUCACGCUACCCGACCAUGAGCCACUCCACUGCCGUGUCGCCAUGGCAACAGCCGUUUUCCUCUCAGCUCUAUCCUUCCCCAUUGGCAUCGGCCCACCAGCUGUCACAUGUCGAGCUCCCAGCUGCCAGCAACAUCACCCACCUUGAGGUGGACCUAAACGUGUCCCCUAGGGACCGCCUCCCUGCAUACCAAUCUGCCGCGCUGGCCAACGAGGGCCACCUGGAGCUCCAAGAGCUGCCGUUCACCCCCAUCCAUGCCCCCAUCAUCACCAUGGGAACACAUGCUGCGCCCAGCUCUUCCUUUGUGAGUUCCAGGAGCUCCCUGGCCCACCUCUACUCAGCCGGCUUCCCCAACAUCACAGACCCCAGUGGGCUGGUGGCUGAAGUGCAGGACCCGACAGAACCAGUCAACUUUGACCCCCAGAGAGAGGAGGCGGAUCCCCUGCAGGGCAAUGUGCUCCUGCUGCAGUUUCUGGCAUUUUCCAGGAUACCACAGCAAGGGGGUAGCAGCAACUGGCCAGACUCUGUUCAUUUCACCUUCCAGCUCUACCGCUUCCCACCAGUGACCACACAGCGCCUGAAACUACUGGGCAUCGACAAGCUGCCGAAGAAAUCCAGCGAGACGCCACCCUGUGUCCUGGCCGUCAUUAACAAGGAUGGAACAGUCAACUCUGGCUCCCCGGGGCUCCAGCUGCAGUUCCGUGUGGACGGGGCAUUCUUGCAGCCGGGUGAGAGACGCUGGUUCCUGCGCUACCUGGCCCUGCACACUCUGCAGGUGGAUGUGUGGGACAGCCAAUCCCUCCUGCUUAUCGGCUCCACAGCCCUGGGGCUCAAGCAUAUGUUGCGGCAGGGCCGUCCAGCUGUACAGGCCACUCAUGAGCUGGAGGUCAUCACCACAGAGUACAUGGGUGAAGGUGUGCCGGUGAGCCUGCACCGGGCCCCCAACCCGAUCAGUGUCUUCACCACCAUCAAAGGUCGGCUCCAUCUGCGCCUGGGUAACGUGGGAUGUCCUGUAGACCAGAACAAACCCAACAAGCCCCAGUGUCUUCCUCCGUCACGCUCCCACAUCAUCUCACCGCCGGAUGCCACAAGUGGCUUCACCGGGGGCAGCUUGUCCUCCAAGAGCAUCCAACGACUCAGCGUGCGUAACGCAGCGCGGGCCCAGAGGCUGGUGGAGCUGGACGGGGACCUGGUGCCGUUGCUCCAGAGCCAUAUGAAGGAGGGCGGUGGGACGCCCUGCACUAACACCCCCUGGUGGGGCGAGACCGACGACGUACGCCAGCGCAAACUCAAUCGCAUGGUGGCCGUGCGGCAGCACGAGGGGGGACAAGAUGGCACCGGCAGCGAGGUCAAGACGAAGGUCACGGGCCGCCGAGCAGAGCGUGCCCAGUUGGCGCGGGACCUGCGCCUGAUGCAUGCCUACAGGGAACGCAGUAAGGCAGAAGGGAUCACCCACAUCCUGAGCCAGGCCAUCACCAUACACCACACCCUCUACGCCACGCUGGGCACCGCCGAGUACCUGGAGUACGUUCUCCGCAACCCCUUCAACACCCCACAGACUGUCACCAUCUAUAGCGAAGACCCCGAGCUCAGUGUCAUAACGGACUGUGACGAGUGGAGGUAUUUCAAGACACUGACCAAAACCUUAACCCCCCUGGAGGAGGGCAUGUUCCACCUCAAAGAGGGCACGCUUGCCCCCCAGGUGUACCUGCGGCCCAAGGAGAGUGUGCACGUCCCCCUCAAAUACCAGACCUUCGUCUCAGACAACUCUGUGGUUCCCCAGGGGCCGAGUCUCAUACCCAGUGGCAGAAGUACUCAGGUGGCCAAGAAACAUCUGUCCAAUACUGUGCUGGCCAAGUCAAUCAAGGUGACAUUCAGGGCAGAGGAUGGUAAGCCGCUGGCCAUCUGCCAGGUGAGCGUGGAGCCCACCCCUCACGUCAUUGACCAGACAUUCCGCUUCUACCAGCCAGAGUUGUCCUUUCUGAAGAAGGCCCUGCGCCUUCCCUCCUGGGAGAGAAUGCCAGUUGGAGACACAGAUGCUGGGUCUCAGAUCUCAGUGCGCUGCAGUGACCCCAACGUCAUCUGUGAAACAAAGAUGUUGGCACAAGGGGAGCCUCAAGAUGUGUAUUUAAAAGUGCCGGGCAGUCCGAGCCCUCAAAUCCGAAAGUUCUUCGUCACAGUGUUCACUGAUAAGUGGCUGGCGGUGCCCGCCCAAGUCUGGCAAGUAUAUGUGCACUUCCUGCAACGGGUGGAUAUCAGCUGUGUGACUGGCCAGCGGACCUGUCAAUCACUGCUGAUACGGGGCACCCAAGCCACCCGGAAGGUCCGGUGUUACACCUCGCACCCACAGGAGCUCAAGGUGGACCCAGCGGAGGUGUUUGUCCUCCUCCCGGGUGUGGUACAGGACCUGCAGCUGUGUGUGUGUCCGUUGCGGGCGGGCAGCCGCUUCUGCUACCUCACCGUGGUGGACGUGGAGCAACACACGCUGGUGGCCUGCUGGCUCCUCAGCCUCACCUGUCGCCUGCCCAUCGUCUCCAAGGCUUUUGAAAUGUGUGCACCUGUGGGAGGGGGUCGGGGGAGCACACGGAAGAUCACUUACACCAACCCCUACCCCACCAGCCGUGUCCUCUUGCUACGGUCAGACCACCCUGACCUGCUCCAGUUUAAAGAGGACAGUUUUGAGAUUGGGGGAGGGGAGACCUACCGCAUCGGGCUGCGGUUCGCUCCCAGCCAAAGUCCUGGUGCUCAGGAGAUCCUCAUCUACAUCAACAACCAGGAGGAGACCACGGAGGAGACCUUCUGUGUGAAAGUGAAAUACACCUGAACACACGGCAACUCAAUGCAGUACUGUACACAUAAACUACUACCGUACAGAACAAUGCUGUUUGCUAAGAAAGACAGCUCAACAAUGUUCUCAUCAACUACUGUAUAGAACUCAACACUUUGCUACUUAUGAAAGACGGCUCAAUUCAGUACUCAUCAACUUCUGUAUAGAUAUAUAUUGUUACACGAUGGCUUGAUGCAUAUGAAUGACUGUAGAAUAUUUAGUAUAGAUGAGUUACUUUAUAACUGAAAGGUCCGGGACAUAUGACUGUAGGCUAAUUGAAAUAUUAUUACAUAUAAACAACUGUAUAAUUCAAACAUGCAGUCUAGAUUAAGUACUCUAUCACUGAAAGUCUUACUACACAUGACUAUAUUUUUGAUAGACAAUCUUUUCCUUGUAUAUGUUAAAGUUGAAGUGAUGCUUCAGUGCGACCGUGUUGAUUGAGUUAUCUGUAAGUAAGAUAUUUAUGUCUAGGAAUACAUGUAUGAGGAAAAACAACUUUAUAAUGCACCGUGUGGUGUGAUGGGAAGCCAUGCUGUUGUGUUUGCUUAGCAUUCCACCUAAAUAGGUCAUGUUUCAAGAAUCAAACGCAAAUACAGUAUAGGAUGCCAAAAGAAAAGCUCCUAAAGAGAGAGCCUGUUAUCUCUUGCAGCAGCCAGAGGUAAACACACACCCAAUAGUUCACGAAUCAUAUUCAGGGUCAGAUAUGUCUUUAUUUGGGUGGUGGUGUACUGUACGUAAUCUUUUCUAACAUCAGAAGACCCCCAGACAUUUACUUUUUCUUUCUAUAAUGUUUGUCAUUUAGCAGACACUCUUAUCACUCUUUAGCAGACACUCUUAACGAUUUACAGUAGUGAGUGGAAACAUUUUCAUUUGUACUGGUCCCCCAUGGGAAUCGAACCCACAACCCUGGCGUUGCAAGUGCCAUGCUCUACAGUUGUUGCUUACGACCCCACCCCCCUUUUUUCCCGACAAGGCUUGCGUUUCUCCAGAUAGCUCUUAUUAGCAAGGGCAGCACCCCUCUUCUUCCUCUCUCUUUCACUGUCUCUCUCCUUUUCCACAUGCCUCCCUUUCCCUAUCAGAGCCCAGGUCCUGCACAUUCUGUCAACAACCCCCGUCUUAUAUAAGCAUACCGCCUCGUUACACAACCUCGCUCUCUCUUCCUCAUUAGAAUGCAGGCUGCCAAAAGCCAGUACUGCUUGUACUCAGAAGAGGAGGAGAAAGGAGAAAAAAGCGAUUAAAUUGAAGAUACAAAAUGGGAAGUUAACAUUGCAUCAAAUAUUUACGGGGCUGGAGGGCUGUCCAUUUCUUAUUCUCCUUUUAUAAAAAUAAAAAAAAUGUAAUAGCUAUUCUAAGACUUCUCACAUAGACAGUGUAAUUAAUAUAAUAUCCAGACUCCUUCCUUAGGCUUAGGACCAUCUACCACCACUAUCCUUUAGUUCGUUUUCACAUUUUCCACCCUCUAAGGCUUUAACUGGCA